UGGGCGUGAGGCGGCCCUGCUGUCCCUCUUGGAGUUGGCGCCCGGCGUUGGCGGCCUGAGUCGGCGGGGAGGAGCCGGAGGGAGCUGUGCGUGUGGCUCCGGGCCAGGCCAGGUGGCCGGAGAGCAAUGAGCUCCCGGAAAGUACUGGCCUUGCAGGCCCGGAGGCGCCGCCCCAAGCACCCCGCAGCUCCCGGCAGGAAGGAGAAGCACCCACCGCAUCACAAAAAGCCAGAGCCUCAACAAAAAGUUCCCUCUGCACCGCCUCCUCCUCCUCCUCCUCCUCCUUCUCCUCCACCAUUGCCGGAACCGACACAGCCAGAACCAGAGGAAGAAAUUCUGGGCUCUGAUGAUGAAGAGCAAGAAGAUCCUGCAGAUUAUUGCAAAGGUGGCUACCAUCCAGUGAAAAUUGGAGAUCUUUUCAAUGGUCGAUAUCACGUUAUCAGAAAAUUAGGAUGGGGUCACUUCUCUACCGUCUGGCUAUGCUGGGACAUGCAGGGGAAACGGUUUGUCGCCAUGAAAGUUGUAAAAAGUGCUCAACAUUAUACGGAGACAGCCUUGGAUGAAAUAAAAUUGCUGAAAUGUGUUCGUGAAAGUGAUCCUAGCGAUCCAAAUAAAGACAUGGUGGUCCAAUUAAUUGACGACUUUAAAAUUUCCGGCAUGAAUGGCAUACAUGUCUGUAUGGUUUUUGAAGUACUUGGACAUCACCUUUUAAAAUGGAUAAUUAAGUCCAGCUAUCAGGGCCUUCCAAUCCAUUGUGUGAAAAGUAUAAUACGGCAGGUAUUGCAGGGUUUAGAUUACCUUCACAGCAAAUGUAAGAUCAUUCAUACGGAUAUCAAACCAGAAAACAUCUUGAUGUGUGUAGAUGACACCUACGUGCGGAGAAUGGCGGCGGAAGCGACAGAGUGGCAGAAAGCAGGGGCGCCUCCUCCCUCUGGCUCAGCAGUGAGUACUGCCCCGCAACAAAAGCCUAUUGGAAAGAUAUCUAAAAAUAAAAAGAAGAAACUAAAAAAAAAGCAAAAGAGGCAGGCUGAGCUCCUAGAAAAGCGCUUGCAGGAAAUCGAAGAACUGGAAAGGGAAGCUGAAAGGAAAAAAACGGAAGAAAACGUCACCUCGACUAUACCAUCCAACGAACAAGAGGAUGGGUACCAUCCGGAAGUUAAACUAAAAAGUGUAGAAUUAGAAGAAGUGGCAGACGAAGAACCUGGGAAUGAAGAUGGAGAAACAGAAGACCAAGAUGAGAAAGAAGACACGGAAAAAGAAAACACCGAGAAAGAUGACGACCUGGAGCAAGAAUUAGCCAAUUCAGAAUCCGCUGAUCCCGCUUGGAUAGAAUCUCCCAAAACCAACGGCCACAUUAUCGACGGUCUUUUCUCCCUGGAAGAACAGAUCGAGGAGGAAGAGGAAGAGGAGGAGGAAUGCCCCAACGCCGAGCAAUAUAACCUCGAUGAGCCAAACACCAAAAGCGAGUACAGUUACGGUAGCUCUUACGAACAAUUUAACGGCGAAUUGCUGAACGGACGUCAUAACAUUCCAGAAUCACAAUAUGAUGAAUUUUCAGCUUCAGUGUUUUCCGGAGCUUUAGAUUCUGUCGCUUGUGGUUCAGUGGUUUCUGAAGAAUCGACGGUAACCGAAAGAGAAGAAAGCACUCCAUCCCACGACAGGAGCAGGACGGUUUCGGCAUCCAGUACGGGAGACUUGCCAAAAACAAAAACUCGGGCUGCUGAUUUGCUGGUGAAUCCGUUAGAUCCAAGAAACGCCGAUAAAAUUAGAGUUAAAAUUGCCGACCUGGGAAAUGCUUGUUGGGUGCAUAAACAUUUUACGGAAGAUAUCCAGACCCGACAGUACAGAUCGAUUGAAGUUUUAAUAGGGGCAGGUUACAGUACACCCGCUGAUAUCUGGAGUACAGCAUGUAUGGCCUUUGAAUUGGCAACUGGAGACUAUCUCUUCGAGCCACAUUCUGGUGAAGAUUAUUCCAGAGAUGAGGAUCACAUAGCAUUGAUCAUUGAACUGCUGGGAAAAAUCCCUCGAAAAUACGCAGUGUUGGGAAAAUAUUCCAAGGAGUUUUUCACCAAAAAAGGAGAACUCCGGCACAUCACCAAGCUGAAACCCUGGAGCCUCUUUGAUGUUCUCGUGGAGAAAUACGGUUGGCCUCAGGAAGACGCGGCGGAGUUUACCGAUUUCCUGAUCCCCAUGUUAGAAAUGGUUCCGGAAAAACGAGCCUCCGCUGGUGAAUGCCUUCGGCACCCUUGGCUGAAUUUGUAGCAGGAGCCUUGGAUCAAAACCCCAUCGGGCCAGCCCUCCCUUUCUCCACGCAUCAAACCUAAAAAAAAGCCACGGUGACUUGUCAUAAAAUGCUCUUUUAACAGGAUGGCUUCAAUCCCAGUCCUUUAUUUUUUACUUUGGAGGUACUGUUCUGACUUUUUUUUUUUUUUGCUUUUUCGUGCACUGUGUUCUGGGGAGGAGGAGAAAGGAGGAAGGAGUGUCGUUUUUGUCUUCAACUAGUAGUUCUACUGACUGUCUCCAAACAUACCCCACCCCCCAAACUUACUCUGUGUCUUUAAAGCAUUGUUUCUUGUGUUGUGUGGAAUCCAAACAUUGACCUUUUGGAAGCACAUCUCCUCCAUUCUCUUCCCUUUACUGUGUUUCAGGCAGGUUUGUAACUAUUUAUGGAAACUAUUUUAGCUGAAUAUUAUAUAAUUUACAAGUGUGAGACGUUUAUCGAGUCCGAAUUCGGAAAAUGUACAAUUCUUAUCUUCAAGCAAAAGGGACCUUGUUCUUUGUAAAAUAGCGUUAUGUAAAUGCACCCUGUAAAUGUUUAUUUCCAUUUAAAACUAAAACAAAGAAACAAAAACGGGGAUGCGGCACAAGUUGCAGAGUUAAAGCUAUUCAAUUGAAAGUGACUUUAGUAUACCAAUUGCAUGUGGUGGGUUUUGCUUUAGGGAGUUACGUAAACGUCCCUUUCGGUAGCUGAUAAUUGGAUUUCGAAAGAAAAGUGACUCUUGAUUUCUAAAAUUUCUCACUCUCUCCAAGAGGCACUUUAAAGGAAGUCUGAAGUGUACGGAAAAUAUAUAUAUGUGUGUGUAUAUAUAUAUAUAUAUAUUUGAGUGACUUUAAUAAGAUGUCAUUUGCUUUCCAGUUGUGAGGUGAUGGCAUAGCAAGAGCAAACUGCUUUUUUUCCCCUGUAAGGCUGAAGAAUUUAAAGAAAAUCUUGGAAGCAUUUUUUGUGCAGAACUGUGGAUGAUUUAAAAAAAAAAGGCAGUCCUUUUAAAGGAGGAAAAAGAAAGAAAGAAGCAGAAAUGAUACAAACCUUACAUUAAAAAAUGAAAAGAUCAUGCACCUUCCAUUCAUAGCUUUACCUGUUUCAGAAACAAAUUGCACUAGCUUAUUUUUUUUUUCCUCCCCCAUAAUCGACAUAUUGAGGAAGUAAUCUUCCUUUUGUAAGUUGCACACAAAAAAGUUAGGUGUUUUUUUGUAUUAAAAGAAGAAAAA